CACGUUAAUGGAGGUGAGCCAUUCUUGUAAAGUAUUUUAUAAACUCCCACUAAAAUAUAUGCAGGAAUAAUGCUGAUAUGUAACGCUAACCAAAGUACAUUAUACUAUUAUUAUUUGCUUAUAUUGCAGUUAUUUGUUUUUGAAAUUUCAGCAUAUAACAUGUAUUCAUAGUAUUAGCAAACUUGCUUUAUCUUCCCACCUUACUAACCAAGAUAUUCUACAUUUUACAGCCUUUUUAAAAACAUAAAGCCUUCCAUCACAAUUGUAAUGGCUUUAGUCUAGGUGUCAUAAAGAAUAAAUUCUUAGACCAAUAAGUAAAAUAAAUAUCACUAUCACAUAUUCACAAUUCAUAGUUACUUAGCUUUAGCUAGAGUUGAAACAUAUGUUUCAGAUUCAAUUAAACGUGAACAUUCAUGCUUUGGACUCCAACUACUAGAAGAGGCUUUCUGAAAAUUUUGUGAAAGCACUACAGAUUGACAGGGUUGGUCAAAUCCCUUCCUGCCCAAUCCUUAGGCCUAUAUUGGUGACACUCAAUUAACAUUGAAUGAGAAUAGAAUACUCUAUAGGGCACAGAGGGAGCAUAGCUCCCUCUUGUGUGUGAAAUAGAGGAUGCCACCUACAGAGAGGAAGUCACUCAUUCACAUAUAUUCAUUCAUUCAACCCACAAGCUGAUUAGUAUAUGCUACAUGCAGGGGAUGCAAAGAUGGAGAUUAGAAGCUAAUAGGGAGACUGAUGUUCAAACAAUUACAAUCCAAUGUGAUUAUUGUGAUCGUGGAGGUAUAUUCAAAAUGCAAUCAGAACAUUAGAGGUAGGAACAUCUACACUGGCCCAAUGGUGUCAAAGAAAAUUUCACAGAGGAGGUAACAUGAGCUGAGACUUGAAGGGUGAAAAGGAGUUUGCUAAGGAGUAAGAGCAUUCCAGGCAGAGGAAAUAGCAUAUACAAAGGCAAGAAGAGUUAAAAGAGUAUGUCAGAUUCAGGGAGAGGCCAAUAAUUCAGUAUUGCUAGAGGUUAGGCUGGGCCACAGAUGGAGGUGCAAUGGUAGAUGAGAUCCGAUCAUAAAGGAUUUUGUAUGUGAUUGUGAGAUUAGGUUUUACCUAGAGCAAAGAAAUAAAAUGUUUAUAUUUCCUUGUUAGAAAACAAUGUUCUGGCACCAGGCAAGAUAGAAUGAGACUGAACUAGGGCAGUAGGGAAGGAAAUUCAUGGAUGGUUUCAAGAAAUGUUUAGGAGAUAAGAUGGUCCAUCUUUCCGGCUUAUUUUAUUAAUAACAGUGGUGAUGUCACCAAAGAGACAAAGAAAACAGAAUAAAAAGCAGAGCAGAGACAGUGAAUUCAGUUUGGGACCUGUUAAAUCUGAGGCAUCCAUGGGGAAGCCAAGUGAAAAUGUCAAUGGGACAAUUGGCUCAGGUAAGAGGUCUGUCUGGAGACAUAGAUUUGAGAAGCAUCGGCCAUGGGAAUAGAUGAGUUUGCCUACGGAAUCAUGAAGAGUACUAGAAGAAAAGAGCCAAGGCAGAAUCCUGGGAAGCAGAAACAUUUCAGAGAGAGGAAGGACUAGCAAAGGAGCCACAAAAGUCAUGGCCAAAGGCAGGAGACCCAGGAGAACAUGCUGUCAUGGAGAUUCAAGGAGGACACGUUUGAAGAAAGGGGAAACAGUCUACAAUGCCAAAUACCACAGAGAGGUUAAGAAAGAUGAGAUGUGGAAACUUCCCUUUGGAUUUAGCAUGUGAUAACCUAAUGGAGAAGAUGGGAAUGGAGAGAAGCCAGAUUGCAAUGGGUUGAGAAAAUAAAGCAGUGGAGACACCAGCAUAGACUAUUCUUCCCAAAAGCCUGGCUAUGAAAGGGGGAGAGUGAGAUAAGACAGUAGCUGGAGGGGACUGAGAAGUUCAAGGGAGAGGGUCCCUUCUCUUUGUGUUCUUAAGAUGGGAGAAAUUUAAGCAUAUCUUUGAGAGAAGGAGCCAGCAGAGAAAGAGAAGCUGACAAGUUGUGUAGAGAAUGGGGGAUGACUAGGGAAAGGUGGUUGUGAAGGCAGGCAAGGAUUGGAGUGAGAGCUCAGGAGAAAAGGAGAUACCCAUUCCCCUGCAAUGGAAGAAUUGAAGAGUUAAGAAAAAAGCAAAACUUCAUGGGAAAACUGAGGCUCAGAGCUUAUGUGACUUGUCCAAAAGACAGGAUUAAAACUGUCUCUCUGUCUUUUUGCCUGACACUAUGCUACCUGCCCCCAGAGAUAGCAUAGGAGGUGGCCAGCCUAGAAAGAGAGUGAAAGGCUGGGAGCCACAAGGUAUUAUAGAAGAAUCACAGAAUUUAGAACUAGAGGGGACAUGGAGAUCAUCAUAUCCAAUUGCAGAUGAGGAAACCAAGGAUCAAUGAGGUUGUCAUUUGCCUGCCUAAUGUUUUAAAAUAAGUGAAGAACUGGUUCCAGCCCAGGGUUCUCUCCAACAAGGAUUGGAUAAGGAGAUAAAUGGAGUAGUCAGAUGUCCUCUCUUUCCCAAUCUUGUAGCUUCUAUCUAUUCAUGUCACUCUGUUUCAGGUAUUAUUCUUAGCACUUUACACAUGCAAUCUUGUCUCACACUCACAAUGACCCUGUGAGGUAAACACUGUCAUCCUUACUUUUAAUAAAACCAAGUAUCUAUAGGGGUCAAGUAACUUGCAAGAGGCAGAUACAGAAUUCAAACACAGAGCUGCUUAACUUCAAACUUAUUCUUUCACUAUAUCACUUAAUAAGACACUACCUAGCCAGACUAUAAAUAAUGGAGCCUCCUGGGAAAACCAAGGCCCCAGUACAGAUCGCACACAGGGAAAUGAGCAGAGGUGGGAUCAUUGAUUGUAAAAUAAGGUGAGCUAAGUUGAUUUCAAUUAUUUUAGAGUUUCCAGAGGAGGAGUCAGGGUGCUUGAGAAAGCUAGACAGACCAGUGUGGGCAGUGCCAGGACCGGGAAUCAGCCCUCUGAUGAUAUCAUUGGAUUAUAUAUUUAGCAAAGCUGUCUGGCCUUUGUUCCUUUGGAGACUGAGAAGGAAAGCCAAUCUUUUUGUAAUCUGUACCAACUUUCACCCUUAUGCAUUUGCUUGAUAGCUAUAUAGUAAAUAUAGUUCUUUUUAUAUCCUGUGAUCUGUCUGAUUAGGCUGGAGGCCUGAGAGAGAUAAAAGAGAAUUAUAUUUCUUAAGACAGUCCCAGCGGAAGCAGAGAAGCCUCGAGGGUGGUUGUGGCACUGAUUUAGGGGACCUAAGGGUUAGGAAAGGAGCAUGGGGCAACAGAGAUGGAUUGCCAAGACCCUCAGACCCUCACAGCCAAAACACAGGGAGAUGGAUGGCAGAGGAGCAAUGGAAAGACAGUAGCAGUAGAAUCUGGUGAGCUCCAGAGAUGAGGGAACUGGUCUGGUUUAUUCUUAGCUGUAUCUUCAGCACCAAGAAUAGUACCUGGCUCAUAGACAUAAACAUCUAUUGUCCUACAGCAUACGCCUCCCUGUCACAGCCCCAUCAAAAUGGCUGCUUUUGGACACACAUUCCCCUUCUAUACUGGCCUCAAGCCAAUCUUCCCAAUGGACACCACCUUGGCCGUCAUCAUUGCCAUCUUUCUGACUGCACUGGUCACCUUCAUCAUCAUCCUACCUGGCAUUCGGGGCAAGAUGAGGGUGUUCUGGCUGCUGCGGGUGGUCACCAGCUUAUUCAUCGGGGCCGUGAUCCUAGCUGUGAAUUUCAGUUCUGAGUGGUUCGUGGGCCAGGUCAGCACCAACACAUCAUACAAAGCCUUCAGUUCCAAAUGGAUCAGUGCUGACGUUGGGCUGCAGGUUGGGCUGGGAGGAGUCAACAUUACACUUACAGGGAUCCCAGUGCAGCAGUUGAAUGAGACCAUCAGUUACAAUGAGGAGUUCACAUGGCGCCUGGGUGAAAACUAUGCUGAGGAAUAUGCAAAGGCACUGGAGAAGGGGCUGCCGGACCCUGUGCUCUACCUGGCUGAGAAGUUCACCCCGAACAGCCCAUGUGGACUGCAUGGCCAGUACCGCCUGGCAGGACACUACACCUCAGCCACGCUCUGGGUGGCAUUCCUCUGCUGGCUGCUGGCCAAUGUGAUGCUGUCCAUGCCCGUGCUGGUCUAUGGUGGCCACAUGCUGCUAGCCACAGGCAUCUUCCAGCUGUUGGGACUGCUCUUCUUCUCCACGGCCACAUCACUCACACCACCCUGUCCCCUGCGCCUGGGCACUGCUACGCUGCACACUCACCACGGGCCUGCCUUCUGGAUCACAUUGACCACAGGACUGCUUUGUGUGCUGCUGGGCCUGGCCAUGGCAGUGGCCCACAGGAUGCAUCCCCAAAGGCUGAAGGCUUUCUUCACCCAGAGUUCAGGAGAGGAUCCUGCACUGGAAUGGAAUCCUGAAGAAGGGGGACUCCUGAGCCCUCGCUACCGGUCCACAGCCGAGAGUCCCGAGCCCCAGGACAUUCCCCUGUCAGAGGCUUCCUCUGAGGCAUGCUGUAAGGAGGAGCAUCCCAGAGAGCCUGACUGUACCCUAUAAGGCUCUUCUCCCUGGUGGCCACCCGGACUUCCGGUCUGGGUCCAGAUCUCAUUGGAGCCUCAUAAACCACCAGAAAUGACUGCAGGUUGGGUUGCUUCAGCCCCCCAGCUCCAAUCUAUAGGUGGAGAAGGAAAAAGAGGCUUUUCCUUUUAAAAAACAAAACAAAAAGCCCUAAUAUGCUAAACAGAAAUUGGAGCCACCCAUAAACCCUGUCUCCAUGGUAA